AUGGUUCUUUGGAAGGGGAGGUUCUUUGAUUUCUUGGUGAUGCCAGAGAUGGUGACUCAUAGUUUUACUCGGAGCGCAUCGGCUCGCAUGACGCCUAGGAGUCUGAGCAGCCCUAGGGUUUCAUUUCAUCGGAAAUGGUGGGCUCCAGGCCUGUCCUUGAAUGCUCUUGCUGUGACCUUCCUUCUGGUGUCCCUUGUGCUAGCUCUGGGAUGUGUUAUUUAUCUCUAUGUCUUUCGGUUCUUAGGCCGUGGACUUUUAGUCUCAGGGUUUGUUGGCUCGACAGAAGGCUGUGAUGUCUUCGAUGGUAGCUGGGUCCAGGAUGAUACGUACCCACUCUACAAUAGCUCGGAGUGUCCGUUUGCAGAGAGGGGAUUCAAUUGCUUAGCAAAUGGGAGAAAAGAUACGGAUUAUCUAAAGUGGAGGUGGAAGCCUAGGAAUUGUGACAUGCCUAAGUUUAAUGUGCGCGAGGUUUUGGAAAGUCUCAGAGGGAAACGGGUUGUCUUUGUGGGUGAUUCAAUGAGUCGCACGCAAUGGGAGUCUCUCAUAUGUAUGCUCAUGACUGGGGUGGAGGAUCCUAAGACUGUUUAUGAAGUUAAUGGAAACCAGAUCUCGAAAACGAUUCGUUUCUUGGGUGUUCAGUUCCAAACUUUCAAUCUAAGUGUGGAGUUCUUCCGAUCGGUGUUCCUGGUGCAGCAGGGAUCACCACCUAAGCAUGGGCCGAAGAGGGUUCGUAUGACACUGAAGUUGGACAGGAUGGAUGAAAUAAAUCAGAAAUGGGUUGAUUCAGAUGUUUUGAUUUUCAAUUCCGGUCAUUGGUGGACGCCAAGUAAACUCUUUGACAUGGGUUGCUAUUUCCAAGCUGGAGGACUGCUGAAGCUUGGAAUGUCCAUUAAUUCUGCUUUUAAAAUGGCCUUGGAGACCUGGGCAUCAUGGGUUGAAACAAUGGUCAACACAAACAGAACUCAUGUAUUCUUCCGUACUUAUGAGCCUUCUCAUUGGAGUGGAUCAAACCAAAAGGCCUGUAAAGUAACCCAACAACCUCUGACUGAGGCCAAAGGAAAUGACAGGAGUGAGUUUGCCGAGAUAAUUGCUCAGGUGGUCUCGAAGAUGAGAGUUCCUGUAACUGUUCUUAAUGUGACUUCCAUGGGGGCAUUUCGGAGUGAUGCCCAUAUUGGCACUUGGAGCCACCCUUCCACCAUUCUUGAUUGCAGCCAUUGGUGUCUUCCUGGAGUCCCUGAUGCGUGGAAUGAACUUGUAUUCUCUUAUCUUCUGACAAAUGGAUGGAGAAGGUUGGGAAGAUAAUCGGGUCCACGUGGUCUUUUUUUAUUUAUAGUUUUUUUUUUACACUAUUUUUUGUAUUCCACCUGGCAGCCACAGUGGAUGAACAGGGUUUUGUCUGUGAAUGAAGCAGCCUGCUAGUGGGAAUCCUUCACUUGCAUUCUUUUUUUUCUUCUCACGGAUUUCUUUUGUUUCUGACGAGUUCUUGCAUCAACUCUAAGAUGUAACAUUUUGUAGCUUUUAUUUUUCAUUUUCUCCCAAUGUGAAAGGAAAAUCUUAAUAUCGAUCAACACAUAUGUAACAACGGUAAUGGUCAUGGUUUCAUAGACGCCCACUCCAAUUUUAUUUAUGUAUACAAAUCCUUUGGUGAACCA